AUGAACAUUGACGACAAACUGGAAGGAUUAUUUCUUAAAUGUGGCGGCAUAGACGAAAUGCAGUCUUCCAGGGCAAUGGUUGUAAUGGGUGGAGUGUCUGGCCAGUCUACCGUGUCUGGGGAACUGCAGGAAUCGGUGCUUCAAGAUCGGAGUAUGCCUCACCAGGAGAUCCUUGCUGCAGAUGAAGUGUUACAAGAAAGUGAAAUGAGGCAACAGGAUAUGAUACCACAUGAUGAACUCAUGGUCCAUGAGGAGACAGUGAAAAAUGAUGAAGAGCAGAUGGAAACGCAUGAAAGACUUCCUCAAGGACUACAGUAUGCACUUAAUGUCCCUAUAAGUGUAAAGCAGGAAAUUACUUUCACUGAUGUAUCUGAGCAACUGAUGAGAGACAAAAAACAAAUCAGAGAGCCAGUAGACUUACAGAAAAAGAAGAAACGGAAACAACGUUCUCCUGCAAAAAUCCUUACAAUAAAUGAGGAUGGAUCACUUGGUUUGAAAACCCCUAAAUCUCACGUUUGUGAGCACUGCAAUGCUGCCUUUAGAACGAACUAUCACUUACAGAGACAUGUCUUCAUUCAUACAGGUGAAAAACCAUUUCAAUGUAGUCAAUGUGACAUGCGUUUCAUACAGAAGUACCUGCUACAGAGACAUGAGAAGAUUCAUACUGGUGAAAAACCAUUUCGCUGUGAUGAAUGUGGUAUGAGAUUCAUUCAAAAAUACCAUAUGGAAAGGCAUAAGAGAACUCACAGUGGAGAAAAACCUUACCAGUGUGAAUACUGUUUACAGUAUUUUUCCAGAACAGAUCGUGUUUUGAAACAUAAACGUAUGUGCCAUGAAAAUCAUGAUAAAAAACUAAACAGAUGUGCCAUCAAAGGUGGCCUUCUGACAUCCGAGGAAGAUUCUGGCUUUUCUACAUCACCAAAAGAUAACUCACUGCCAAAAAAGAAAAGGCAGAAAACUGAGAAAAAGUCAUCUGGGAUGGACAAAGAGAGUUCUUUGGACAAAUCUGACCUAAAGAAAGACAAAAAUGAUUACUUGCCUCUUUACUCGUCAAGUACUAAAGUGAAAGAUGAGUAUAUGGUAGCCGAGUAUGCGGUGGAAAUGCCACAUUCCUCAGUUGGGGGAGCGCAUUUAGAAGAUGCAUCAGGAGAAAUACAUCCACCUAAGUUGGUCCUCAAAAAAAUUAAUAGUAAGAGAAGUCUGAAACAGCCAUUGGAGCAGAAUCAAACGAUUUCACCUCUAUCCACAUAUGAAGAGAGCAAAGUUUCAAAAUAUGCUUUUGAACUUGUGGACAAACAAGCUUUACUGGACUCAGAAGGCAAUGCUGAUAUUGACCAGGUUGACAAUUUGCAAGAGGGGCCCAGUAAACCUGUGCACAGUAGCACUAACUAUGAUGAUGCCAUGCAGUUUUUGAAGAAGAAGCGGUAUCUUCAGGCAGCGAGUAACAAUAGUAGGGAGUAUGCGCUGAAUGUGGGCACUAUAGCUUCUCAGCCUUCUGUAACACAAGCAGCUGUGGCAAGUGUCAUUGAUGAGAGUACCACAGCAUCCAUAUUAGAUUCACAGGCACUGAAUGUGGAGAUAAAGAGUAAUCAUGACAAAAAUGUUAUUCCAGAUGAGGUACUACAGACUCUGUUGGAUCAUUAUUCCCAUAAAGCUAAUGGACAGCAUGAGAUAUCAUUCAGUGUUGCGGACACUGAGGUGACUUCUAGCAUAUCAAUAAAUUCUUCAGAAGUACCUGAGGUUACCCAGUCAGAGAAUGUUGGAUCAAGCUCCCAAGCAUCCUCAUCAGAUAAAGCCAACAUGUUGCAGGAAUACUCAAAGUUUCUGCAGCAGGCUUUGGACAGAACUAGCCAAAAUGAUGCCUAUUUGAAUAGCCCGAGCCUUAACUUUGUGACUGAUAACCAGACCCUUCCAAAUCAGCCAGCAUUCUCUUCCAUAGACAAGCAAGUCUAUGCAGCCAUGCCCAUCAAUAGCUUUCGAUCAGGAAUGAAUUCUCCACUAAGAACAACUCCGGAUAAAUCCCACUUUGGACUCAUAGUUGGUGAUUCACAGCACUCAUUUCCCUUUUCAGGUGAUGAGACAAACCAUGCUUCUGCCACAUCAACACAGGACUUUUUGGAUCAAGUGACUUCUCAGAAGAAAGCUGAGGCUCAGCCUGUCCACCAAGCUUACCAAAUGAGCUCUUUUGAACAACCCUUCCGUGCUCCAUAUCAUGGAUCCAGAGCUGGAAUAGCUACUCAGUUUAGCACUGCCAAUGGACAGGUGAACCUUCGGGGACCAGGGACAAGUGCUGAAUUUCCAGAAUUUCCCUUGGUGAAUGUAAAUGAUAAUAGAGCUGGGAUGACAUCCUCACCUGAUGCUACAACUGGCCAGACUUUUGGCUAAAAAAAACAAUGUGUAAAUAAUACUGGCACUUUAGAACAGAUUAAUCAAGAGUGGGGUUACUCUGUGUAAAAUGGAGUGCUGUACAGAUUUAAGAGCAAUGCGUUAUAACAAGUUAAGCUGAUAAGAAUAGCAAGAUAAUCCAAUAACUGCGUUUUGUUUGGUUAGUCAGCAUUCUUUGAACUGCCUUACAUGUUGUCACCUUUACAGAAGCAAUGCAUUACUUGUUUUAGAUCAGAAACUUGCUAUUCCACCUACACCAAGUUUAAAAGGAAAAAAAAAAAAAAGAGACUUUCGCACAAUUGUUUCCUAACUGAUAUCAUUGUACAUUCUUAGGAGAUUAGUAAUUGUGUGAAAUUUACUCAUAUUGUUUCUAAGUUUUUCAGCAUAGUCAUGGCACUUCAGCAGGGAAUCUGAGUAUACUUUACAGACAGAGUGAACUUAAAAGUUUAAAUGUCAAGAGA